UCCUCGCGGCUGUGUGAGAAGCUAUCGUAUGCGGCUCAGAAAAUGGAUUGGGUUUCUUGAAAUUCAAAUUCUGUUUCAAGUUGAAAGGAUUUUCCCUCCGGAAUAUAAAAUCAGGAUACAAUGAAAAUGUUGCAAAUUAGGUUUCGUUUUUGAAACAUUUGAUAAUAACAAUUGAAAACUAGUUUGCCAUUGUAAAAACGGAAAGUUCGUCGAUACGCAAAAUAGUUGGAACAAAACAAUAAUUGAACGAUGGACAUGGAUAGUUAUAAAGUACUAGUAUAACGUAUAAUUCGUAUUCUAAUAUAAAUAAACACCUCUAAUAAGAAGUAAGGAAUCAAACGAAGCAUACAAUUGGAUUCGCCGUAUUCAUCUAUAAGAGAGGCUCUUUAGUAAUUCCAGAAAAAAACAAUAGCAGUGAGUUCCAAAUCACAUCUCCUGUCAUUGGACUGCAAGCAGACUGAACCUAUACGACCGCCACUAGCGGCUCUCACAAUAUCACGUGAACAUGUGUCGUGGACGUAAUUCGGAUAUUGGAAUGAUUUUUCGGUGAUCACAAAAUAAUGAAAGUCUUCAAAGCAAUUGUACUGGAUAAUCAUACUUCUUGAAGGGGAUUAAAAACGUUCCUGUUUUUGUAAUAUCCUGAACUCGGGAAUAAUACGGAGAUUUGUUCGGAUUGCUCUGGGAAGUAAAGAAGCGGUAGGAGUGUUCUUUAGAUUAACUAGUUUGUGUGACUUCAGUUCUAGCACUGACUUACCGUAAUCAAGGAUGUUAGCUCUCGGUGUUUGGUGACAUCGCCAAAACACACAGCGGGCCAAAGAUGCAUGUAUUAAGAAGCAGCGGGAAGGGUCCUGUGUUCGACCAUUUACUGUCAACGACUUACCGGACCACAUCGAAGAGGUCACAACUUGGCGAAGGCCGAGCUAACAUAGAUACGCACAACCUUUCUCCGGAUGCGGGUAUUACGAACGAUUUUUUUUCUGACACAACGAAUUUUAGCCUUGGGUACGGCGUGGAUACUACAGGCUCGAGUUUUAACAGCAGUUCAAUGUUUGACUGUGAUAUGACAAAUGACACGGCGUGUUUGUAUGACCUGGAUAACUCAUCCAUCUCCAACAGCACGGACUUUGUGGGAACAGAGUUACCCGAGCACACCUACUGGACAUUAUGUCUGCUCUUGUUUCCGGUGUUCACAGUGUUUGGAAAUAUUCUCGUUGUCUUGAGUAUAUACAGAGAAAGAAGUCUUCGGCAUGUAACAAACUAUUUCAUCUGCUCUCUUGCCGUUGCUGAUAUCCUGGUAGCUGUUAUUGUUAUGCCACCGGCGGUGUUUAUGGAGGUGACAAAGUAUUGGAGCCUAAGUGACGAGCUGUGUGACGCCUGGGUGGCGUUCGAUGUGAUGGCUUGUACGGCCUCCAUCCUCAACCUCACCGCCAUCAGCGUUGACAGGUUCAUAGCAGUUACACAGCCCAUUAAAUACGCCAAACACAAGAAUUCCAAACGUGUGCACGUGAUGUUGGCCCUUACGUGGAUCGUCUCCAUAGCGAUAGCUGCCCCUAUCGCUCUGGGUGUGAACUAUUCAGACGCCCGGGAGGACGGAAUGUGCAGCUUCUUCAACUCAGACUUCUUAAUUUAUUCAUCCAUGGGUUCAUUUUAUAUCCCGUCAUUAAUCAUGAUAUUUCUGUAUUGGCGAAUAUAUCGUGUUUUACGUUUAAGAGCACAAAGAUCUUUAGCUAAGAAGAAAGCUAGAUGUAUUGACACACAAACAGUGACUAACGUCAUAGAAAAUGAAGCAGUUAAAGAACCUACAGACAAAACAGGUCUUGCCAAAAUGGAUAAUGGCAAAGUGUCUACAUACAACACAACGGCUAAUAACUGUUCUAAAACUAACCAUAAUUUAGCAACAGAGACUCAUAUAGAUGAGGCAUCAACAUCCAAUCCAACAGAUUCACAAAAGGACGAGGAAAGUGACUCCAAAAGUCCCGUUCAUUUACCAGCUAGAGGUGAACUCAUCGUGAAUCCGGUCGCUGAAGAUGUAGAACGCAGGGAACAAAUAAGUGCACAUUGUGCUGCAUUAGUCGUUACGCAUCGCCCAAACGAAGGAGAGACCAAUUUUACCUCCCGUGAAGGUACAACUGCAAUUCAGGACAAUGCUGAAGAGACCAGUAGCGGGGGUAAAACUAGCUUAAAUGGGAAGGGACGUCGAAAAAAAGAGAAAAAGAACACGACAAAGUUUAAUUUUCACAUGAGAACAAGUCGAAAAAGAAAGGAAAAGUCGUCGUCUAGGCGAGAAAGGAAAGCGACAAAAACAUUAGCUAUUGUUCUAGGUGUUUUCCUACUCUGCUGGUGGCCUUUCUUCACGGUAAACAUUAUGCGUGCUAUAUGUCUCCGCUAUCAAGUGUUGAACUAUCCCUCCUGUGACAUUGAUCCAUACUUGAUGGGUUUUUUUGUCUGGCUUGGUUACAUCAACAGUUUCCUCAACCCCGUUAUCUACACAAUCUUCAACCCGGAGUUCAGGAAAGCCUUCAAGAAGAUCUUGACUGACCCACUGAAAAAGCGAUACUAAGUUCAUUCAGUUAAUGGAACUGAAUACCAAGAAAGCAAAGUUCGCUAGUAACAGAGUCCUUUACUUUAUUUUAUAUGCUUGUGUUUUAUCGGGGCACACGUCAAAAUAAAUUUUGUUUUAGCUGUUAUUAGGUUUUAAAAAAAAAUAGAAUGACAAAUUAAUGGAAUUGUUAAAGUUUUUUUGCCAGAUAUUCUUUAAAACGACAUAAACAAUUGUUAUACGUACAUCAUUCAGUCAUAAAACACGGUUUUAUAGUAGUUUAGUAUAUGUUACAGAUACUAGACAGUGUAUACAUCGCUUUUAGACUAUUUUCCAUUGGUUUUGUAGCGCCGUAUUUAUCUAAACUGGUAGAUAAUUUAUGAAUAUGAAAUGCUGUAGGCCUAAAGGAUCACGAGACGGACUUAACUUAGCAUGGGCGUCGUUAUAGCAGCGUUAUGUAUGUGUGCCUAGCACGCCAUGCCUAAAACAGAAACUUCUUCGCAGGCCAUACACGUAUUAUAUUGAUCAUCGUAUAAGGAAUCUCAGAAACCUUUCGUCUAUAAUAAUAUGUCAGUUGGUUCUUGAAAAUGUCUCAAUCAUUUUGAGCAGAUUAAAAUGGUCGGCUUCAUUUAAUUUGGAUUUCAUUUUGAAGGAUUGCAGGCGCUUCAAGCAAUAUAAGGGUUCUCGAAUGACAUUUUCUUGUCAAAGUAAUGGAAAAAGCAGAUCUUUGUCAAGUCAGUGCAUUUAUAUUUUACGCAGUUUUAAACUACAGACUAUGAACUAGUGUGCUAUUACUGCCCUCAAAGAAAUUUAACAAAAACAUGUGCAUUUAUAGAUAUAAGAAAGGUUGCUAAACUCUACUUGCACGAGUUUGUGUAUUGCUUUGUGAGUGCUACAUCACCCAUAUGUGUGUACUAAAGUUUAAAACGUGUACCUAUUUUACCUAUGUGAUCUAGAGUAGAGUCGCACAAGGAAACGGUAACCUCAGCACACGUGGGACGAGCCGCCUGUCAAUGUCGUCUGCAACUGUUACUUGUACGGGUAGCUACACGUUCACAGACGAGAAAGGCCUCGCAACCGUUUCAUGAAAAGAAGUGAGCGUUUGGGUAGCAUCAUCGGAAGCAUAUCAGCAUUUGACAAUACCUUGGAAAUUACAUAGUCUGUAAGGCACGUAUUAGGGCCAAAAAGCACAAUGGUGAAAUUUAAAUGGGGCAAACUUUCAUUGUCUAGCUGAACCCGAACAACGCUACUAAUGCCACAUUCCCUGGAACCCACUAAGUUUAUCUAUAAACAAUACGUGUAGUGAUCAACUUUUAUCAAGAGCAAGGCUGGUUUGUAAAGGCAGUCGAUAUGAAGAUUGUAUAUAAAUAGUGUGUACUUAUGUCUACAUAUCGCACUCAUGUAUUACAUUGUGUAGAAUGACAAUGACUGUGUUACUGUCCUUCAAGGUCGUGUACUAGUUCGUGUACUAGUGUAGACCGCAAAUCAGUAUUUUAAAUGCAGCAAUUGUGUACGAUAGUGUAACAAAUCGUGUAGACCUGGUGUAUUUACUGUUUCAUGAUGAAGGUCAUAUAAGUCAUCUAAUCAACUGAUUUGAUGAAUGUCUUCUGAUGUUCUGUUUUACUUCAAAUAUAUGUAUUUCCCUACCUUUUAAGGAAGGUACACACUUUUUACUUUUGUGUUUGCUAAUCAUGCGUCUGUUCGUCAGAAAAUCGUAUGUCGCUCGUAUCAAGUUGGAAAUCAUGUAUAUUUUCCUGUAUUAAAAACUUAAUUUGAAAUUACCAAAAUCGUAAAAUACUGGUUUAAAUGAAUAUUUCUUAAGAUUUAAGAUUUCUGUCAUUUGCUCGCGAGCCAUCCUGUAUUUAAACAGCAUGAACACACAAAUGCAUGCGAUCAUUCCUUUAAAUGAUUAAACAAGUAAUCUCAUUGAAAACCUAACAGUAUUGAAGUAGGAACAAAAUCGUCCAUCAUAGUUAAAAGAAAUACAUCUUCUCACAAACUUUAAUCUCAGUCCCAGUUUCUCAGAAUAAUCACUUUAAAUGUAUCUAAAGGGGUAAUUUUAGCCCGUUAAAUCACAUUUGAAUUUCAAGAGUGGGAAACCAUGAGUGCCUGUACUGUAUUGACUCUAUGUACAGCCCGCGGUUAUACUCCGUUUACCAAGACAGUAAAUUGUUCAAAACAUGCGCGUCUCCCUGCAUAAUUGACACUGUAUUUAUAACUGACACUAAUGUUCGAUAUUCAAAUAUAUUUAUUGACUCCUUUUUUAGUGCUUUGUUUAUCAUUAUGUCUUAAAGAAGCAGUGGUUAACUACAUCAAUUGGUUCAACUUGAAACAUUCUAGCCACUGCGUGAAAAUGUAGUACAUUUGGUAUCUAUAACCAGAUUGCGAAUACAUCGCAGCUUAGUCCCUUGCUAUAAAUUUUGAAGAAAAUGAGUUUUGUUUAGAAACGGUUUUCGAACAUUUUGUGUAUCAAAAUUUGUGAGAUGUUCUAAAAAUGUGUUGUUCGUGUAUGUAUUCAAUUUCAUUCAAGGAAUUUGACCCUCAAAUGAGCUAAUUCUCUGAUACCCAUUUAAAAUUAUGUACAAUUUUGAUACCUCCUGACCCCGUACAAUAUCUGUAUACCUUUAGAUUUUGCUCUAGGAAUAAAUGUAUCACAUAAUUCUGUUUUAAACAUGGGUCUCACAUCUGCUUGGUGAAAUAACGGACCUUUAGGUCCGUAGUAAAAUAUAUUGUAUUUGACUUGAAAAACGGGUAUGACUGUUAUUAGGUACACAGUGUGAUAUUUUGGCAAACGCUAGAUGGGAAAGAUGAGAAAAUAAAUCAUUACAUAUGUUUGGAAUACCUGCCUGUGUGUUAUGAUGAGUAUAAAAUAUUACGAGAGAAUAUUUCAUUGUUUUUUUAUUGUUAUUGUAUUGCUUGUUUUAAUGAAUUGAGAAUAAACUGUGUCUAGUUCAUAUAAACAUUG